AUGGAAUAUGUCAAAAAAAGAAGGAAAAAGCUUGAAAAAAAAAAUAUCAAAGUUAAACCACCAGAACAACAACAAUACGUUACUAAUGAUAAGGAUGUUAAUAAAUCAUCUCUUGAUGAAUUAGCUAGUCUUGAUUAUGAUGAAGAAUUUCCAAGCGUGGAGGAAUUACAAAUAACUAGAGUUAUUGGUGUUCAUAGGACAUGGGAGACAUCAUCAAAAUGGAUUCAAUGA